UUCUGUAUUCUGACUGGUUUAGGUCAACACGCUUAACAAGGAGUGAGUCACUUGAGGGUGUUUCUCCUUCGUUCUCAAUGCGAAAUAGACUUCAGCUUGCUUUCUACUUAAACUUUCUCUCACUCUGGAUUUUCCCCCCUCCGCUGUUACUCGCUUCAAGUCUCACUACUCUCAGGUUAUGUUGGAGGUUGCUUAGGUAGGGGUGAGUAGGAGACACCCAGUUCACAACAGUUUUUGGUCUUUGAAAUACGUUUUUCUUUGUAAUUUACUGCCUACAAGACGAACAGGAGUGCUCUCAUUGGAGUACGUUUUAUCUGUCGCCAUGGGGGAUGUGAUAUCAAGCCACCUGGAUGAGGGAAAGCGAGAGAUCAUUACAGCGAGGACAGGGGAGGUGAUGGGGGAGUUCAGCCGGCUGUACGAGCAGCAGUACGCCGUGGCCCUCUUCAACCAGGUCCGCUUCGACAUUGAGGGAGGCGGGGCGCCCCAACCUCAGCUGCUGCAUCGCAAGGUUCCUCUGGCAAACAAGUCGAUCUUCUCCGGGGCUCUGUUCCAGUAUCUGGAGGAGAACAAGAAAUGGAGGAACCGCUUCCUCUUCGUCCCAGACUCCUACAACAUCCACUACUACGAGAACAAAGCGUCCCAUGAGAGAGGGCUGCACCCCAAGGGAACCAUCAACUGUGCUGGCUACAAAGUGCUGACCUCCGUGGAGCAAUACAUGGAGCUGCUUGACAACAGUCUGCCUGGUGUGAAGGCCAAAGCAGGCAGCUCCCCGUUCCUGAAGUGUGCCACCCAGUUCCCCCUGAUCCUGUGGCACCCGUAUGCUCACCACUACUACUUCUGCGUGGGGACGGAGAAGGAGCAGCUCAAGUGGCACGCCGUCUUCCAGGACUGUGUCAGACACACCAACGACGGCCUGUCUGAGGAGAGCAAGGUGCAGACACCAGCCUUCACAGAUUCCGUGAGGCUCUUCCGCCAGGCCAAGGGCCAGUACGGAACCUGGGACAUGAUGUGUGGCCUGCCCGCUCAGAUCCUGGCCAACCUGGUGAUGGAGUCCCUCCUUCCAGAGCUCCGGGACCUCAUCUCCCCCAGACUGAAGGGCAAGCUGCCCGAGAGACAAAGGAGCUGGAUGCUGAUCUCGGACGCGGUAUACAGCCUUGUGCAGCAGCAGUGUCAGGGGCAGUACGAGGCGGUGGUGCAGAGCUGUGAGGAAGGGCGCCCCCUCCUGGAGACCUCCAUACGCACAGACAUGGACCAGAUCAUUACCUCCAAGGAGCAUGUCACUAACAAGAUCCGAGCGGUGGUGCUUCCCAAGGCGGAGAAGCUCCUGAAGGUGAGCAUCGAGCCCUACAUCCCCUCCAUCCUGGACGCAUUGAUGGAGCCCACCAGCCGAGGCUUCUCCGAGGUGCGGGACGUCUUCUUCAGGGAGCUGGUGGACAUGGGCAAGAACAUGCUCAACGACGGCAGCAAGGAGAAAGUGGGAGAGCACAUGGACAAGAUCUCCAUGCUGGCCUUUCACCCGGUGAAGAUGCAGAGCUGCUACGAGAAGGUGGAGCAGCUGAGCCUGGAGGGUCUGCAGCAGAGGUUCGACAUCUCCAGCCCCUCCGUCUUCGUCCAGAGAGCCCAGAUCCUCAUGAGGGAGCAAAUGGACGAUGCAGUGUACACGUUCGAGCAGAUCCUCCACCAGAAUCUGGAAGGCCAGGGCGCCGACGGCUUCUGUAAGACCAUCCAGCGCUGUCAGGACCGGGUCAUCAAGAAAUUUGACUAUGACAGCAGCACAGUGCGUAAGAGGUUCUUCAGAGAGGCGCUUCUUCAGAUCUUCAUCCCGUACAUGCUGAAGCAGCUCGCUCCUUCUUGCGCCUCGGAGCUUCCUCGCUUCCAAGAGCUGAUCUUUGAGGACUUCUCCAAGUUCAUCCUGGUGGAGAACAUCUUUGAGGAGGUGGUUUUGCAGUCAGUCAUGAAGGACAUCAUGAUGGCUGUGAAGGAGGCAGCGGUGCAGAGAAGACACAACCUGUACAGGGACAGCAUUGUCCUGACCAACAGUGACCCCAACCUGCACCUGCUGGAGGACAAACCCUCCAUCGACUGGGCCGAGGAGUACGGGGCCCAGGAGGAGGCGGAGGGACAGGAGAAGGAAGAGGACGGAGCGGAGCAGGAGUCGGGAGACAGCGCAGCGGCCCAGAGGAGGCGCAGGAUGAAGCAGGUGGUCUCCAUGAUCCAGCCUGAUGGCGCUCCCGAGCUGCCCAACGAGUCCUGCCUGGAGGUGCCCGGGGUGGAAGGGAUCCCAGAGGAGGAGGAGGAGGAGGGAGAAGAGGAAGUGGAUGAGGAGGAGAGCGAAGAUGUCUCACCCCCCACAGAAAGCCCAGACCACGAGACCAAGACCGAAACCAUCCUCAAAGCAGACAUCCCGGAAACCCCCCCUGUUCUGACAAAUGGUUUGGUCCUGAGAGAGGUCGAGAUGCCUGAGGUGAACACGAAAGCUUCUCCAGAGCCUCAAGAAGUGGACGAGACCGAGAGCUCCUCGCAAGACGCAGAAAAUGCUUCAGCCAUCGAAAGUGCCAUCCAGGAGAUCGACAACGCUGUACAAGAAGCAGAUAUCGAGCAAGUUGCUGUGGAGGUGGACGCCUCUCCCUCCGAUCAAGAGUCACCUGCACCUUUAGAGGAAGUGAGUGCUGCCUCAGCCGAGCCGGUAGUGGUAUCCAUGCCUACGGGGCCGCGACCAGCGCUUUCACCGGUUCAGGAGGAGCAAGAAAACACUGCAGAAGUAAACGAGCACACCCUUGACUCUCCUCCCCCUUCGCACGAUGAGAGCGGCUUCCAGUCCUCCACCAGCGAGGCACUGGAGGAGGAAGAGGAAGUCCCGCCCAGUGUGGAGGCCAGCCCCAGCCCGGAGGUGCUUCAACCCCAGGAAGAGCCCCCUCGAGCUGGGGCCAGCGGAGGGGCCGUGGCCCCCGAGGAUGGAGAGGCCGUACACCACAAUGACUCUGAGACAGGAGAGCAGCACUCUGCGAAAUCAGGACCCAUAUAAAUAUCAUAGGAUAACAUGUACUCCUUUUUCUUGUCGAUGUUUAUCUCACAACUCUAAACACACCCAAUGUCCUUCUUCCAAUAUUCCAGAUUUGUACCACAAUCAUUCCUGCAAUAGCACACAAUAUGUUGCCGUUGUUAGGCUGUGGUCAGAUAUGGCUGAGCAGGGCUCAGAUGCUUAAUCUGUUUUUCAUCACCAUCUACAUUCCCUCUGCUACAUUUUUGUUUUUGUAUUGCUUUUUCAUUAAAUGUUCACUUGGUGUUUUCAGCAUGAUAGACCCAGUGAUCAUGGUUUUUUGUAAAUAUGAAAAAGGUGGUUGCACAUCAUUCAGGUGUUUAUCUUGGGAUUUGUUUAUAAUAAUUUUGUCACAAACUAAUGUUUCACAAUUGCAUCCACUUGUUUCUGUAUGAUCCAAAAUACUAGCCUAAGUCAUAAAAUCCCCAAAGCUUUCAGCUGGUUGACUGGCCUUGACGGUCCCUGCAAAACAAAUCUAAUAUUCAUACUCGAGUUUAUAGCACCGUUGUUUGAAUGUGCCUCUCUUGCUUAUGUAUCUUCGUUUAAUUUUGUUUUGUACAUGAUAUUCAAGACACUUUCUAGCUAUAAGCAAGGGCUCAUGACAGUGUUCAAGUCAUUUGAUACGUCCCGUUUAAGUUACCAGAAAGGCUGUUGAUUAAUUCGAGCCAUAGUGGAUGGGGAAAAUGGGCUCAAAGUACUGUUUAUGUCUCUUUCAAAUUGAAAUGACAAUCCAUCAAGUAGGUUGAUGUGUGAAACUCUUUCUUUCUAGUCACAUAGAGGUUGAGCAGUCCUCAAAAACGUUUUUAUUUCGAUGUGACAAUUCUGUGUUGAUACAGUAGAUGGGAAUGCUUCAGUUUUGUUGCCAUACCCAAACAAAGAAAGCUCAUGUAUAUUUUUUUAUUUACUAUGACCAUGUUAAUGUCAUUUUCACUACCAGCCAUUUUUACAUAUCUUUUUUUUAUAUUUUCACCAGUGCCUAAGUUGAUUUGUUUUCCCAUGUAUUUAUUUUCGGUUGCACUCUGUGCCUUUUCAAUGAGUAUGCUUUUACAUUUAUUUUACUGCAGUGUCAUUCAACAGACUGUUAUUGAUAAUAAAUAAUUAUUGAUCAAA